UUAUAACGCCAUUCCUUUAUUGUGGUCUAUAUAUCUUCUUGCACUAUAAGUGUUUGUUGAGCCUCUUGAAUAAGAAACAUACAGCUCAAUUCCAAACCAUAUUCAUUAAUAAUAGGCUCCUUUGCUUCUUCUCAACAUUCUCUACCUAAAUUUUUCUAAUCAAACUACUUUACACAAUUAGCAUACACAUAUUCUAAUGGAACCAACACUUCUCAACAACAACAACAAUGGUUGUGGAAACUCUGAAUAUGAAAACAUUAUUAGUUGGUUCGAAGAUGUGUCUAGGAACACAGGUUCUGUUCAAACUCAGAUACUAUGCAAUAUUCUGAAACAAAACCAUGGUGUGGAAUAUCUCAAGAAAUGGUUAGGGAAUUACAAUAUAUUCGAAAUGGAACCAUGUGCAUUGGAAUCUCUUUUCACUUCUUUGGUUCCUAUUGCUUCACAUGCUGAUUUUGAACCAUUCAUUCAGAGAAUUUCCGAUGGUGACACUGCUCCUUUACUCACUCAACAACCUAUAACCACUCUUUCCUUAAGUUCUGGAACCACAGAGGGGAGGCAGAAAUUCGUACCCUUUACCCGACAUAGUGCUCAAACCACGCUUCAAAUAUUCACUUUAUCAGCAGCAUAUAGAUCAAGAGUUUAUCCAAUAAGGGAAGGAGGAAGGGUUCUUGAAUUCAUAUACGGCAGCAACUGUUUCAAAACAAAAGGAAAUUUAACGGUGGGAACAGCAACAACACAUUGUUAUGCAAGUGAAGAAUUCAAAAUCAAAAAGCAAAAAACAAAGUCAUUUAGUUGCAGCCCACAAGAAGUGAUUUUCAGUGGAGACUAUAAACAAUCCACAUAUUGUCACCUCCUUCUUGGUCUCUUCUACUCCGAUCAAGUCGAAUUCAUUACCUCAGCUUUUGUCUAUAGCAUGGUACAAGCUUUCACCACCUUUGAAGAACAUUGGAGAGAAAUUUGUAAUGACAUUAGACAUGGAACUUUAAGUUCAAAAAUUAAGUCACCAAAAUUGAGAGAAGCUAUUUUGGACAUAAUAAGUCCAAACACAAAUUUAGCUACAAAAUUACAAGGCUAUUGUGAGGAGCUAGAAAAAGUUGAUUGGUUUGGUUUGAUUCCAAAGAUUUGGCCAAAUGUUAAGUACUUGUAUGCAAUAAUGACAGGGUCAAUGCAACCUUAUUUGAAAAAACUUAGACAUUAUGCAAAUGGGUUGCCUUUGAUUAGUGCUGAUUAUGGUUCAACUGAAAGCUGGAUUGGUGUUAAUGUUAAUCCUAGUUUGCCACCAGAAGAAGUUACAUUUGCUGUUGUACCCACAUUCUCUUACUUUGAAUUCAUACCUCUUCAUAGAAAUAAACAAGAUAGCAUUAGCAGUGAUGAUUUCAUUGAAGACAAGCCAAUUCCAUUGUCCAAGAUUAUAGUAGGACAACAGUACGAAAUUGUCCUCACAACUUUUACAGGGUUGUACAGGUGCAGACUAGGAGAUGUGGUAGAAGUGUCAGGAUUUCACAAUGGGACCCCAAAAUUGAACUUUAUAUGCAGAAGAAAGCUAAUUCUAACAGUAAACAUAGACAAAAAUACAGAGAAGGACCUCCAACUAGUGGUAGAGAGAGGAUCACAGAUUUUAAAUAAAGCAAGAGCCGAAAUUGUUGAUUUUACCAGCAAUGCAGAUGUAACUAAUGAACCUGGUCACUACGUUAUUUACUGGGAGAUUAAAGGAGAGGUAGAUGACAAUGUACUUGAUGAUUGUUGCAGAGAAAUGGACCUAUCUUUUGCUGAUCAUGGAUAUGUAGUGUCAAGAAAAACAAAUUCAAUUGGGCCACUUGAACUUUGCAUUUUGGAGAGAGGGACUUUCAAGAAGAUUUUGGAUAAUUUCAUAGCCAAUGGGGUUGCAUUGAACCAAUUUAAGACUCCUAGGUGCACUAACAAUCAUGUGUUACUCAAAAUUCUUGACACUUAUACCAUAAAAAGGUUUCGUAGCACAGGAUAUAGUUUAAAUUAGAAGCACACUAUUAUGGAUGUAGUUGGUAAUAUUUCCUUAAUUUAAUGGAUUUUUCAGGUCAAUGUACUAGUCUUAUAGAGUUAUAUAUAGCCAUUAAGAACUUUGUAAAAGUUUUCUUUUGUUUUCAUUUUUUAGUUUCUAAUAA